CGGCGCACGACACGGACCUCCAGCUUCGCUCGUCUCGAAGCUCGCCAGCGGUCGCGCUCCCGGAGCUUCGUCCCUUCGCGCCGCCCCAAUGAGUCAUCGUCGUGUCUCCUACUUCGGCCUCCCCUCUAGCAUCCCCACCCUUUGGCAAUCUGCGCGGGCUCCUGCUCUCUCCUACUGUGUUAAGGAGAACGGUGCGCCGCUAUUGAGCGACGAAAAGUGGGACGCGUGGUGGGAAGACUAUAUCGAGCUCGCUUUCUGUCUAUUGGAGAUAGAGUUCCGUUGGUCAGAAGUGGCCCCAUUUGGAGAAGGUCCAGAGCACCCAGAGGACAGCGUGGAGCUUCGGAUCAUCCAAGCCUGGAGAAUGGCGGAGCAAGGUGACCUGCUGGGAAUCGUAUUCGGAAAGGUGGAGGAAGGUAAUCUCGCCUUGAUCACGGACGAAUUGCUGGUGUUUCUGACUCAGCUGGUGGACGAUCUGCCCCUGGACAUUUUGUCGCACAGUGACAAGCAGCCUGGCACCCACGUAUUGUCUCAAACGCUCGAGCCGCACCUUGUGUGGUCCACGUGUAUGGAGAUUGACGAGGACAACUGUCUUUAUCCUUCCCAGGUGCUCUACCUGGAGAUCGACGUUACCGAUCUCACGUUUUGGGACCCGAUUGCGAGGCAAAACGCGGUGCAGGACGAGGAGAUAGGGGGAGCAGACGAAGAGGAGGAAGAGGAAGAGCCAUCGAGCGAAGAACGAGACGAUCCAGACUACGUACCGGAAAGCGAAGCAGGGAUAGCCGACGAAUCGAGCCAACCGCGGGACGAGGAAGAAGAAGAAGGAAACGAGCAAGCGGAGUUGGAGUUCGAAGGAUUCGAGGCUGAAGUGCGCGACGUGGCUCGAGAAAGAACGCAAGAGCACAGGAAGCGAAAGCGCCAGGAGACCACGGAGGGAAGCGACCUUCAACAAACGAUUCGUCGACCGGGGACCCGUGGCGCGAUCCGGAGCCGCCAGAAGAAGAGGACGAUGGAACCAAAGCGGAGGGAUCACGAAGCAGAAGAAGAAGAAGAAGUGAAUCGCCAGUUCCCUCCAGCUCCCUGUCCCGAUCCUCCAUUCGUUUACAUCAAGAUCUCGGCUGAACUUACUGAAACUGAUAUGAAUUCCCCGCUUAUUGAAAGUCUGAGACUGAUAUGAGUUCUCUGAAUUACAGUGAACUUACUGAAACUGAUCUAGAUUCACUAAUGCGGAUUUAACUUAUAGAGGCUGAGCUCACUGAAGCUGAUCCGAGCUUACUGAGAACAAACUGGAAUCACUGAA